UAUCAUUUUCCUGAAGAAAAACCUUCUGUUGACAAAUCCAUCUCCAUUAACACCCCAAAGAAAGAACAUGGCAAACAGAGCAAAAACAGAGAUGAGUUGCCCAGCCUCCAAGGUGCAGCCACAAUAUAAAAGCUCCAUACCCCAUGCAGGUUUUCAAGAGUUGCUGAAACCCAAAACUCCCACACAAGAUCUUGUGGUACAGAUACCAGGAUGCAAAUUUCACCUGAUGGACGAAGGAGAAGCCCUUGAACUGGGUCAAGGGCACUUCACAAUCAUGAGGGUGAUGCAGCAGAACGUGGCACUAGCAACGGUCAUAAAAGUCGGAGCCAGUUUUCAGUGGCCCUUGACAAAGGACGAGCCAGUGGUAAAGGUGAAUGAUCUUCUCUACCUCUUUUUUCUGCCUGUGAAAGACGGUGGUGAGCCUAUGAGCUAUGGUGUGACCUUUCCAGAACAGUGUUAUGGGAACAUGGGGAUGCUGGAUUCUUUUCUGAAGGAUCAUUGUUGCUUUUCUGGGUUGGAAAGGAGCAAGAAGAGUGACCUUGAUUGGGAGGAUUUUGCCCCAAGGGUUAAGGAUUACAACCACUUUCUUGCCAGGGUCAUUGCAGGAGGGACUGGUCAGAUUGUUAAGGGUAUCUUCAUGUGCAGCAAUGCUUACACCAAUCAGGUCCAGAAAAUGGGGGAAGCGAUCCUAAACAGUGCUGCAGAAAAGAACAAUGCUAACCUGGUCAGACAAAGUAUGAACAACAGGAAUGAUGCCACAAAGAACAGUGGAAUGAACGAAAACCUCAAACGUGUGAGAGAGCUGACAAAUAUGACAGAAAAGUUAACCAAAUCUUUGCUUGAUGGUGUUGCAACAACGAGUGGAUCAGUGAUGACUCGUGUUCUUAAAUCUCAACCAGGACAGGCAUUACUAAAGAUGCUUCCUACAGAGGUGCCAUUGGCUUCCCUUGAUUCAGUCACUAGAGUUUUUGAAGCAGCUGAAGCUGCUGAAAAGCAAACCUUUUCUGCCACCUCCAAAGCUGCAACCAGAAUGGUUUCUAACCGGUUUGGCGAAGAAGCAGGAGAGGCUGUGUUGGCAAGUGCAGGACAUGCUGUUAACACUGUUAGGAAUGUCUCUGUGAUUUGGAAAGCCAUCAAUCCAGCCACUUCUGCAAAUGCCGCUGGAGCACUCACAAAUUUUGCCAGGAAAAUAAAGGCUUCAUUAUAAAAUCUAACCAUGUUGCUUUCUGUUUCACAUAGAUGAAGUGAACGCCAAACAUAACUAUAUAUCUAUAAUCUUUUUAGUAGUUAUAUGAGUAUUCUUGUUCUGAUAAAAGGCACAAGUAUUGCUGUAUGAACUGGUCAUCCCUAGGCAUACCAUAGAAGAACCAAACUAUGUGAAGUGUUUACAUGAAAAAACUCCCAAUGUAAAUAAGAGAGCAUCACAGUACAAUCAUUCUAAAAGUAUUUAGUACUACGGAACUUGUGUUAUUAAUUUAAGGUUUAAAUACUUGAUUUUUAUUUU